AUAACAUGGCGAUAUCAUGGUAGCUUUAUAAAAUUUUCAAAGUAGCAAGUGAUAAGAGUAGCUAGGAAGAGAGAGAGAGAGAGGAGAGAAGGAAAUGGCGAGAGGGGAGAGAGCAGAGACAGAGAGUGGCGCUUCCUUACCGUCGGUGGGUUCGGACGCCAGGAGGCGCAGAGUGACGUAUUUCUACGAACCCAGCAUCGGCGACUACUACUACGGCCAAGGCCACCCGAUGAAACCCCACCGCAUUCGCAUGGCCCACAACCUCGUCGUCCACUACGGCCUCCACCGCCGCAUGCAGGUCAACCGCCCCUUCCCCGCCGCCGCCGACGACAUCGCCCUCUUCCACGCCGACGACUACGUCCGCUUCCUCGCCAACGUCUCGCCGCAAAUCCUCUCCGAGAACUCCCACUCCCACUACCGCCAGCUCAAGCGCUUCAACGUCGGCGAGGACUGCCCCGUCUUCGACGGCCUCUUUGACUUCUGCCGCGCCUCCGCCGGCGGCUCCAUCGGCGCCGCCGUGAGGCUCAACCGCUCCGACGCCGACAUCGCCAUCAACUGGGCUGGCGGCCUGCACCACGCCAAGAAGGCCGAGGCCUCCGGAUUCUGCUACGUCAACGACAUUGUACUUGGCAUUCUAGAACUCCUCAAAGUUCACAGGCGUGUGCUGUAUAUUGAUAUUGAUGUUCACCAUGGGGAUGGCGUUGAGGAGGCAUUCUACACUACUGAUAGGGUGAUGACAGUGUCAUUUCAUAAGUUUGGGGAUUUUUUCCCCGGAACUGGGCACAUUAAAGACAUUGGGAUGGGCCCUGGAAUGAAUUAUUCUCUAAAUGUCCCACUGAAUGAUGGAUUGGAUGAUCAGACUUUCCGUGGUCUGUUUCGCCCCAUCAUUCAAAAAGUCAUGGAUGUUUAUCAACCGGAUGCAGUUGUUCUUCAAUGUGGAGCUGACUCAUUGACUGGUGACCGGUUGGGUUGCUUCAACUUGACUGUGAAGGGUCAUGCAGAUUGCCUUCGUUUCCUUAGAUCUUUCAAUGUUCCUCUAAUGGUCUUGGGUGGGGGAGGAUAUACAGUUCGUAAUGUUGCUCGUUGUUGGUGUUAUGAGACAGCGGUGGCAGUAGGAAUUGAGCCUGAUCCCAAGUUGCCUUACAAUGAAUAUUAUGAAUAUUUUGGCCCAGACUAUACUCUUCAUGUUGAACCAUCCAACAUGGAAAACCUAAACACAAGCAGGGAUCUGGAAAAAAUUCGGAUUACAUUACUGGAACAACUUGCCAGGCUUCCGCAUGCACCCAGUGUAGCUUUUCAAACAACACCAUCAACCACAGAAGCUCCAGAAGAUGAAGAGGAGGACAUGGACAUAAGACCAAAAUGUCGCAUAUGGAAUGGUGAAGAUUUUGAUGAUUCUGAUCACGAUGAUGAGAUGACUAGUUCAAAGACCUCUGAUUUAACUGCCCAAACGAGGUCUGUUGCAGAUGGGAUGGACGAAGAUCAAGAUUAAAGCAGGAGUUCAUCCGUCAUCUUAACACUGAUAGAACAGAACAAGUACUACAUUAGCGUUUGAACUAUAGAUUACAUAUUUUCUCUAGAUUUGCCAGAUGUACAUUUUACAGUUUAAAUAUUUUGAUGUAUAAAGUAGGAAGUGUUUCCAAAUGGUGGGUUGGGGGGAUGUUGCUCUUGUAAUGGCAGCAGGUUUCAACUUUCAAGAACACCACCCCACGAAAAUAACAUUGCCUUUCAUGUUUGCUUUUGUAAUGGCAGAGUGAAUUUUAAAUUUCAAAAGUAAAAUGUAUACACAAUCACCAUUUCCCCUUUAUCCAUAGGAAUUACAUGAUGACAAAAUGUU